UAUUCAGCAUUUGAUUGGUUUAUUUUCAGGAGCUGUUUUAAAUGCAAUGGCCACCUGGAAGAUCAUAUCUGCCGAUGUGGGAUACAAAGGGACACAACUCAAGAUGACUGUUUUACUGGAAGGAGGUCAGAAAGCUGUUUUCAAACCAAAAUGGUUUUCUCGAGAUCAUGUGAUUGAAGGACCACCAUAUGCUGGUCAGGAUCGACAUAAUGGAGAAAUUGCUGCUUUUCAUCUUGGAAGAUUGUUGGACUUUCGUAGAACGCCUCUGGCAGUAGGUCGUGUUGUUAACCUGGAGACUGAGAUUAAGCCUGUUGCUAAGCAACAGUUGCUACAGACAUUUUUCAAACGAGGAAAUAAUACAUGUUUCUAUGGAAAAUGUUAUUAUUGCAAGGGUGAGGAGACGGGAUUAUGUGGUAAUGGGGUAUAUAUGGAGGGAACAAUAGUUCUGUGGUUACCAGAUACGGUCACUUUAAAACUACAUCGGCACCCGUGGUCAAGAACUUACAGAAAUGGGGUAUCUGCUCAAUGGGAGAAAGACGAUAAUUAUUGUCAUGGAACAGUUCUGACAAAACCAUUGUUUCAAGAAGGUCCUCGACUGCUCGACAUUAUCGACACAGUCGUGUUUGAUUAUAUCAUAGGAAAUGCGGACAGACAUCAUUACGAAACUUUAGGCGAUGAUCAAUACGCUGUAAUGCUAAUAUUAGAUAAUGCAAAAAGUUAUGGUAAUCCACAUUAUGAUGAAAGAUCAAUAUUAGCUCCUCUCUAUCAGUGUUGCAGGAUAAGAGAGUCAACAUGGUUGAGAUUACAUAUGUAUGUAGAAGGUUUACUCAGCGAAGUUAUCGAGUCGGUUAUGUCCACAGAUCCUAUCGCCCCUGUGAUCUCCCGUCAUCAUCUACGUGCCAUGGAUCGUAGAUUAUCUACAAUUAUCGAGACUGUUAAAUCUUGCUUUACUGUAUUUAGCGUUAACGAAGUGCUUAUAAAGAAUAGAUAGCAGUAAUUGUC